AUUUCCAUACGUUAGAUAUCGGACGAUAAAGCCAGUCUCAGUGCCGAUCGCGAUCCCAGUGUUAAUGCAAAAAGUUACAAGACUGUGGGUACUGUGAUCGCACCAACAUUGCAUGCACAUUUGUGCCGACUACGGAAUAGAUUGCGCUAGAAGAAAAGAUUUUUUAGACAUGAGUGAAAAGUGCAUUUACCGGCGAAGUGCAGUGCGAUUUAAAUUGAUCAAUUAUCCGAAAGCCGGCCUGGCGGUGGUUAUUUUCUGUGUUUUCAGUUUAGUGGGACUUGUGGAAAAUGCGUCCGCCGAGCACAACGUAACCAAGCGCAGCUUCAAGAACACCGUCCGUUGCAUUGAAGAUGGUCGCUUUUAUCGGAAUCCAGAUCGUGCUGUCCACAAGAUGUGGUCCAAUGCGGAAUGCACCAAAUACUAUCUCUGCCUGGAUAAAGAAGUCUUCGAGUUCAAAUGCUCCGUGGGUCUGUUAUUUGAUGUCGUGCGGCAAAUUUGCGAUUUUAAACAGAACGUGGACAACUGCGAUAUAACAGCAGAGGUUCGAGCUCCAAAACCACUGCUGGAGGCUGCCCAGUGCCCUGAAUCGAAUCAGCUGGGUUGCGCUGAUGGAACCUGUUUGCCGAACGAGUACUUCUGCGAUGGAUCUGUGGAUUGCCCAGAUGGUUCCGAUGAGGGUUGGUGCGACGUGGAUAAUGACCCAAAUGCUGCAGACGCUUGCGACCCAUCAUCAUGCUCUCUUCCCGAUUGUUUCUGUUCGAAGGAUGGCACUCAAAUCCCUGGGCGAAUGGAACCCAGUCAGGUCCCUCAAAUGGUUAUACUAACAUUCGACGAUGCCAUUAAUUUCGAUAAUUGGGAGCUUUUCAGUAACGUGCUCUUCACUCCAAACCGAAAGAAUCCAAAUGGAUGCCCGAUCAGAGCAACAUUCUUCAUUUCUCAUCAAUACACGAAUUAUCAGUACGUUCAGAAGCUUUGGAAUGAUGGUCAUGAAAUUGCAGUUCAUUCAGUUACGCACCGUGGCCCUGAAGACUGGUGGUCAAGGAACGCAACCAUCGAGGAUUGGUUCGAUGAAAUGGUUGGACAAGCGAAUAUCAUCAACAAAUUUGGUAACGUCCGAAUGGAAGAGAUUCGAGGCAUGCGAGUACCUUUUCUGCGUGUAGGGUGGAAUCGGCAAUUCUUGAUGAUGAAAGAGUUUGGAUUCGUCUAUGAUUCAUCCAUGGUAGCACCGUUCUCUAACCCACCACUUUGGCCAUAUACCAUGGAUUACAAAAUGCCUCACACCUGCACUGGAACGAAGCAACUAUGCCCAUCGCGAAGCUACCCAGGAGUGUGGGAGAUGGUUAUGAAUCAAUUAGAAGCCGGGGAUUUCCAUUGCGGAAUGGUAGAUAGUUGUCCACCUCAUCUGAGUCCUGAUGAUGUUUACAAAAUGCUGACUCAUAAUUUUAAAAGGCAUUAUUCCAGUAACAGGGCGCCAUUUGGACUGUAUUUCCAUUCGACAUGGUUCAAGAAAACAGAGUAUCUGAAUGUGUUUUUGAAAUUCCUCGAUGACCUACAAAGGCUUCCGGACGUGUACCUCGUAACUAAUUGGCAAGCGAUCCAGUGGAUGCGCCACCCAGUUCCAUCCAAUCAAAUAGGACAAUUCGAGCCUUGGUUAUGCAAACCCAGGCCCUUAGAGCCACGAGAGGUGGCAUGCAGCCUGCCAAACAGUUGCAGACUCCACAGUCGCGUUCUCCAGCAGGAUCGCUACUUCUUUACUUGCAACGAGUGCCCAGCGCAAUAUCCGUGGAUUCGAAAUGAGUUUGGUCUGGACUAGGAGCCAGGACCAGCUUCCAUACGAGACUUAUUAAUUAAGAAAUGCUUCCUUCGGAAAUUCUUACUAUUUAUUGCCUUAUUUCCUAAGCGUUAAUGUUAUUUUAGAAAAAUAAUAAAACAUUUUUACAAGUGUUCAUUGACAAAC